GCUUUGAAAAAAAGAAAUAUAGAUAUGGUAGAAAAGAAAAAAAGAAAGAAAGGCAAAGUCCAAGUCCGCGUUUUUCUUUCUUCUCUGUGUUUGUUCAAGUCUGUAUGUUCUUCUGUUGCACAGAGGAGAAGUGAAGCAUUGAAAGGUCAAUGGAAGAAGAAGCAAUGGGUUUGGGUUUGUGUUCGACCUUCAUUUCUAGGACCUGCAGUUUCUCAAAAUGCAUUAUUUUGUUUCUGAUCUUGGUAUUCCCUUCAACAACAGAAGCUUAUGAUUCUCUUGAUCCAAAUGGAAACAUCACAAUAAAGUGGGAUAUCAUGAGCUGGACUCCAGAUGGAUAUGUUGCGGUUGUAUCAAUCUUCAACUUCCAGAGAUAUCGUCAUAUCCAAGCCCCUGGAUGGACAUUGGGAUGGACAUGGUCUGAAAAGGAAGUGAUUUGGGGCAUGUUGGGAGCUCAAACAACAGAGCAGGGUGAUUGUUCGAGAUUUAAGGGGAACAUCCCUCAUUGUUGUAAACAGAGCCCAAAGGUUGUGGAUUUGUUGCCAGGAACUCCUUACAACCAACAGAUAGCAAAUUGCUGCAAAGGAGGAGUAAUAAGUUCAUGGAUUCAGGAUCCAGCUAAUGCAGUUAGCACUUUCCAGAUUAGUGUCGGUUCUUCAGGCACUUCCAACAAGUCUGUGAGAGCGCCAAGGAAUUUCACAUUGAGCGCACCCGGACCUGGAUACUCUUGUGGACCUGCAAGGAUCGUCCAACCAAGUAAAUUUAAAAUGAUGGAUCGUAGGAGAGAAACUCAAGCUUUGAUGACAUGGAACGCUGCCUGCACAUACUCUCAAUUUCUCUCUCGAAAGACUCCUCCAUGCUGUGUUUCUCUCUCCGCCUUUUAUAACAAAACUGUUGUCCCAUGUCCAACAUGCUCUUGUGGCUGCCGAGAUAAUACAACUCAGCCAGGAAGUUGUGUGGAGGGAGAUUCGCCGCAUUCAGCAUCCACUAGUGCACAUCCUGGAAAAGAUAGUUUCACACCUUUAGUACAAUGUACAAGCCAUAUGUGUCCUGUCCGCAUUCACUGGCAUGUAAAGACCAACUAUAAAGGGUAUUUGCGGGUGAAGAUCACGAUUACUAACCUUAAUUACAGGAUGAAGUAUACACAGUGGAAUUUAGUUGCCCAACAUCCACAUUUUGAUAAUGUCACAAAAGUAUUCAGCUUCAACUACAAACGCUUACCUACUUACGGAUCCAUAAAUGAUACCGCAAUGCUAUGGGGGAUAAAAGACUACAAUGAUUUGCUAAUGCAAGCAGGGCCUAUGGGCAGUGUACAAUCAGAGCUACUUUUUAAAAAGGAUAAGGCAGGUUUUACCUUGGACAAAGGAUGGGCUUUUCCUCGACGGAUUUAUUUCAAUGGUGAUAACUGUGUCAUGCCACCUCCUGAUGCCUACCCAUGGCUUUCAAAUUCUACUUCCAGAGCAGUUAUUCCUUAGAUUCAAGUGGUUUCAGCUUUCUUGGCUUUUUUGCAUUCUUAUCUGUCGUCUAGUGAAAGAUUAUCUGGGGCCUUACUGAAAAAGAAGAAGAAGGUUUUGUUUUUGACAACUACGUCGUGUCAGCCUAAGCGUAUGGUGAGAUAACAGAAGAUUGCUUGUGCGCGUGCUAUGUUGUGGCCUCUUGCACAGGUGCGGUCAUGAGAAUUUAUUGUACAUAUUUUUUUUGUGUGCGCUAUGUGUAUUAAUCAGUGGGUUUAUUUUCAGUGCCAAUACGUUAGGUAGAGCAGUUGUGUUCAUAAUUACAUAUAGUUGUAUGUAUAGUUGUAUCUGAUUGUACACAUUAGUGAUCAACUUCAUCAAAUUCAUUGAACAUGUUAGUAAU